AAGGGGCGGGGCUUCGGACGGUGACCUCGCGGCCCUAGCGCUCCCUUCUGGACCUGGUGGCCGCAUGGCCCUGGCCUCCUCCGUGGCCCGCUCGGGCCGCGGGCCCCGGAACCUGCUGCAGUUCCUGCGGCUGGUGGGGCAGCUCAAGAGAGUCCAACGGACUGGCUGGGUGUACAGAAAUGUCGAGCGGCCAGAGAGUGUAUCUGAUCACAUGUACAGGAUGGCAGUUAUGGCUCUGGUGACCAAAGACGAUCACCUGAACAAAGACCGAUGUGUGCGCCUAGCCCUGGUUCACGAUAUGGCAGAAUGCAUCGUUGGGGACAUAGCACCAGCAGAUAACGUCCCCAAAGAAGAAAAACAUAGGCGAGAAGAGGCAGCUAUGAAGCAGUUGACCCAACUUCUCUCAGUGGAUCUCGGAAAGGAGCUCUAUGAACUUUGGGAAGAAUAUGAGACCCAAUCUACUGCAGAAGCCAAAUUUGUGAAGCAGCUGGACCAAUGUGAGAUGAUCCUUCAGGCAUCUGAGUAUGAAGACCUUGAGAACAGACCUGGGAGACUGCAGGACUUCUACGACUCCACAGCAGGAAAAUUCAGUCACCCUGAGAUAGUCCAGCUUGUCUCUGAACUUGAGGCAGAAAGAAACGCUAGCAUCACUGCGGCCGCCAGUGAGCCACACUCCUGAGAUGUUCUCUGUGUUGCUGCACGCCCGUAACAAACAUUGUAUUUUUCCAUUGGAUGUUGUUGUGUUGGCUGUUGGUUUGUUGAUUUCCCCAGAUGUGAGUCUGUUUAUUUUCAAUUGCCUGGACUCUAGUGAGAAACGUGUGAUACUAUUGGGCCACAAAAGAAGCCAUAGAACAGAAUGUGGUCAUGAAAAUGCAUGGAUGAGGACUUGGGGGUGGGUGUUUUUUUUAAUGAACUAAAUACAUACAUUUUAAAAACCUUAAACUUUGGCAUAUUUAUUGGAGAUUUUUAAUCUACUGAAUUUGUAUCCUACAUCCCAAGGGCAAGAUUCAUUGAAUGGUGGAAAGUUUAAUUAUGAUUGCUUUUAAGAACAGAUUUUUCAGCUGACUUACUAGUAAGGAUCCAGGAAAAUGAAUGUAUUAUCUCCUCGGAUGAAAUGCUGCUUUAUUCAUAUGAUCACUCUCUGGAGCCGGAUUUUUAAUUUCACUGUGACCUGUUUUAGGCCUUUGAUCAUGGACUUGUAAACCUGGCAACCGAUUCAGCCCCUUCUUCCAAUUCUGUUUGUCAUUUGGAGGUAUAAACUGGGACAUGCAAUUUCAA